AUGCCAGAGGAGAAGGGCUGGAAGGUCGACGAUACAGUCAGAUUUGCAGAGAAAGUGAAGUUCGGCGUUGCCUUCCAGGUCCCUUUUGCAGCAGCUGUGAAGAAGGCUGUUGGUGAUAAGGUGCUUGUUGCUGCUGUGGGUAUGAUCAAUAACGGUACCUUGGCUGAUCAGAUUCUCAACGAAAAUGAUCUUGACGUUAUCCUUGGCGGACGGGCUUUCCAGCGUGAUACCGGUUUUGCUAAAGAUCUCGAUAUCGAAAUUGCUAUGGCUGCUCAAAUCCGCUGGGGAUUCACCAGCUUCCGCAAUGCCUCGGAAUACAUCCAGCCCAAUUCCAUGAAGGCAUCAACUUUCGAAUGA